UUGUUAAAUAACAAACCACUUUUUCAGAUAUCCAAGUACCUCAACACCUUCAAUCUCAAAUACUAUUUCUCAGUUGACAAUUCUUAUGUUGGGAAGAAGCUCGGAAUUCUGCUGUUUCCUUUCUUCCAUCGUGACUGGUCUUUGAAGUACGCUGGUUCGGAUGAACCUGUUCCUGCCAAAGAUGAUGUUAACGCUCCUGAUCUCUAUAUUCCUUUGAUGGCUUUCAUAACAUAUAUAAUUGUUUCUGGAUUCGUUUUAGGAACACAGGGACGAUUUUCUCCGGAGAUGUUGGGCAUUCUCACGAGUAAUGCUUUCAUAUGGAUAAUCAUUGAAAACAUAAUCAUUUUUGUGAGCAAAUAUGUGAUGAACAUUUCGCAGAGCUUGUCAGUAUGGCAUUCGUUGGCGUAUAGCACGUACAAGUUCUUCGGGAUGAUCAUAUGUCUUCUGAUGUUUAUGGGUGGCGGAAAAACCUUCUACUACUGCACAUUGGUUUAUACAUCGCUUGCUCUCGUUUUCUUUCUGCUUCGAACGGUGAAGAACUUUGUGUUCCAUUCGCAUCAUUUUGGCGGUGAAGAGGGUCGAAAGAGAAAGCUCAUUCUCAUUUUGUUCAUACUGGUUUCACAGCCACUAAUUAUGUGGUGGUUGACUAGCUCUACUGUUUCCCCAAAGAAGCCAAACAUUGUAUUGGUGGGUUCGAUCUUCGAACAUUUUUAG